AUGUCGCUCAACCAACACUACGCCUGGCUCCCUCCAGGGCAUUUGCGCCCUCCGGACAAUCAGCAUAAUGCGCUUCCCCCUACCAAUGGCCUGCCAAACGGCCCCUCCCGGCCCCGCACCCCCCAAAUAGCUUCCCGCGCAAACGCAGAGAGCUCCCAAAGCGGAAACCCGAUACCAGAUAUCGAUCCCACGCCGGAAGAAGAUACUCGUGUUAUCGCCUUUAGAGAGGGAUAUAAGCGCACCGAGGCAAAAAUAAAUUGGUUAUUCAGCCAUAAGAGGGUUUUGGAUGUUUCCGCCUCUAAUGCCGAACCCGAGCAAGCUCCCGCCGAACCUGAAAAAGCUACGACCCCGGUUCCACCACGGCGGGCUGCAAGGAAAAUGGAUGAAGACGACUACGAUGAAUAUGAUGAUGACGAGGACGAUGACGGUGGUCCUCACCCUCCUUCGCCUAAAUCUAAAUCGACACCUCCCGCCGAAAUCAAAGCCCUACCAUCAUCUCCACCGAAACCGUCUCGAACCCCGAGCUCAGAGAAUCAAAAAGACCAGAAAAAGGACUCGCUAGAAGAUAUUAGGAAAAAAUUAGAGCAGGAUAAAAAGGAAACAGAAGAAGCAGCAAAAAGGAGCUUUCGCACCAUGUUUUACACCUUGGAGAAUGACCGCGAUGCUAUGUUAGACCAACAGAGAUUGGAAGAGUCGGAAAGACAAGUUGAGGCGGAAAUGCGCGGUCAGAGUGGGAACGAUGCCAAUGCUGCCAACGGGCAGCCUGGCUACGGUUCAUUAAGCAGUGCCAACCUAGGAGCUUCAAGCUUAACCCUGAAGAACCUCAUUGCGCGGAUCGAUAUGAAGCGCAGUGAGGUCCAAGCUUCAGAUGCUGAAUUGCGCAGUUUAAUGAGUGAAGUCAGGAAGAACCGUAGCAAGUGGGCAAGCGAAGACAAGAUUGGACAAGAGGAACUCUACGAAGCCGCGGAGAAAGUACUGAGCGAACUCAAAGCGAUGACUGAACACUCCAGCGCUUUCUUAACCCGAGUGAAUAAGAGGGAUGCGCCGGACUAUUACAAUAUUAUCAAGCGGCCUAUGGAUCUAGGCUCCAUGACCAAAAAACUAAAGGCUCUCCAAUACAAGUCGAAGCAAGACUUUGUGGAGGAUCUUAACUUGAUAUGGUCCAACUGCUUAAAGUAUAACACCAAUCCCGAGCAUUUUCUCCGAAAACACGCCCUUUACAUGAGAAAAGAGACAGAAAAGCUUGUGCCUUUAAUCCCCGACAUCGUGAUUAGAGAUCGUGCAGAGGUUGAAGCGGAGGAACGCAGGCUUCAACUUGCUGAACUUGACGGCGGCGAGGAAAGUGACGAUGAACCAAUCAUGUCAUCUAGAGGGCGGAAGGCAACGGCAACAAAAGGUAAAAAGGGUGCUGCAACUGGACGCAAGGCUCCUGCAAAAGGCCCUGAAGCAGCCUCCUCUGAUAUUAAAACCCAACCAUCCGAUUCUGCGAGUGUAACUCAGGAUUCAGCCACGGAUGGCAUUCCGGGCACAUUGUCAACACCUCCUCCUGGAACUUUGACGCCGCUUACAUCAAAUGGCCAGGGCGUUGCUGCGACUGGGAGUCAAAUGGAUGCUAUGGAUAUGGACAACUUCGGCCUUCCGGUUCCGGUUUAUAAUAGUGCAUUGUCUGGUUUAGCCAUCGAGUUCGAGGACCCCGAAUACAAGAUCUGGAAGCAGGUUACGAAGAAAGAUCGCGCUCUUGUGGCUGCCGAACGGCACAGACUUCUUAAAGGUGACAAAUUAAAUCCUGACGAACCGGCCCUUCUACGGACGAAAGUUGGCAUGAGACGGUGGCUUAGAAACCAGCUAGAGGCGUCAAACGACGAUAAACAUGUCAACGGUAGUCAUCCGAUGAACGAACCCGAAACAACUGGCGAGACGUUUGCCGAAGGCAUUGACGAAGAGGAAGAUCAAAUGCUUCCAGACUAUUAUGACUUGAUGUCAGCGCUUCCAGACCUUCCAAAACAUUUGCAGUGGAAAGAGGACUCCGAGGGAAAUGUUAUCGAAACCUCUGAAGAAUUUUUAAGAAUCCUGCCCAAAGGGUUAUUCACAGCGCCUGCCAGUAAAUUUUCAAAGAAAAUGGAUGCCAACAUGAAACAAAUGCAAGAAACGAGAAAGAUAUGUUCAAAAAUAGGUAUUGUCAAACAAAUGCAGCAACAGUCACAGAUGUACCAAAAUCAGUUCCAGAAGUAUCAGCCAGAACCUCUCGUCGAGCAAGAUGUGCUCCCGCAUGUAAUGAAUGAUGAAGGUCCAGUGAUCAGUCCCUGGGUUUGCAGGGCCGCCUUUCAGCGAUCAGUUGCAAAGGUCCUUUAUCACACCGGUUUUGAAGAAUACCAACCAUCCGCCCUGGAUGCCAUUACAGACGUCGCGGCAGAUUUUUUCUUUAAAAUCGGCGCAACACUUAAAGGUUACAUGGAAUCCCCGAAACUUCCCAAGACCGAGCAGGCUUCAACUUCCUCAUCAGACCAACAAUGGAAACACGCUUACACUCAAGAACAAAUGAUUCUGCAUACGCUCCAGGCAGUCGGGACAGAUCUUUCAAUGACGCCAGUGGGCGACGGUUCGAGCGCUUUCAAUGAUGGAAGCGAGCAAUUCAUAGGCGGUGAUUUUGCAGAGGAUAUCGACGAAGAUUUCUUCGGAUUCAAGGAACUUGGCCUUGAUAGGGAAUUUGGACUGUCGAGCUUGAGCGUUCCUUUGCAUCUCCUCCAGAACCGGAUGUAUCAUGCGCAUCAAGCCCAAAACUUAAGCUCUUCGCAAACAACAUCUACCCUAUUCCCUACUCCCCCUCCCUAUCCACGCAUCUCACUACAAACACUCCCACAGCACAUUGGCUUGGUUCAGAAUUUCUUUUUAGCAAAGUUGCACGCCAACAACGACGAGCCUCUGGUGGAAGAUUUAGAGUUGCCGCCAAAGCAACGGCCCAAUGCAACAAGACCUCGAGUUCCGGCGUCAGGAAAGAUUGUGCCGCCAUCUAACCAGGGAGUAACCACCAGUCCCCAAAAACGACCCGCACCGCCGUCGUCUGGGAUUACUGCUAUAAAGUCCGAACUUGCUGAACCCAGCAAAAAGAAGGCCAAGAAAAAUCCUGGCACUGGGCUUGGUAUUUCGGGUUCAAAGGGCGCUGAUAUUGCUACUAAUGCCAACAAUCCCACGAAAGCUAUGAUGGCAUCUAAAUUAAACGGCGUUAAGGAAAACGAAACCGCUACCAGCCAACAAAACGAUGCCAAAACCGUAGACGGCGUUAACAAUUCCGGGGAAGUAUCAAAUAAUCCAGCCAAUGACGACCGAAUGGAGAUUGACGAUACCAGCAACGUCAACGGACCUGCAGCAAAUUCCUCUGUCACGGCAGUCGCUCGCUCUGCCGCCGUAAACGGCCACAUCUAA